UGGUCUUGUUGGAUCUUGUUGGAUCUGUAACUUGUAACAUACCCAUUGUGGAUUUUACUCGUCUUUGUUCCUGUAUAAACAUACGCACAUAAUGCCACGCAGAUCAGAAAUAAACUACAGUUUAAUUUCUGCGGUUCGUGAUGGAGAUUUAAAAAGAGUACGCGAGUUAAUCAAUUCUUACGGUCUAUCUUAUUCACAAGCAUGGUCGGAAGGAUACGUUUUACUUCGUGAUGCUAUUGCAAAUGAACAUACAGAAAUUGCUAGACUACUUUUAAUGAAUGGUUCCAAAGUUAACAGUAAAAACAAGAAUCCCUCUGAUACUCCACUUCAUUUAGCUGUUAUGAAGGGUAACAGAGAAAUUGUUGAGAUGCUUCUAGAUAGAGGUGCUGAUGUUGAUGCUAGAAAUGUACACGGUUUGACUGCGCUGCAUGAUGCAGUUCAAACUGGAAAAGCGGCAAUUACUCAACUCCUUUUGAAUCGGGGAGCUUAUGCUGAUGCUGUAGACAAUUACGGUAAAAUUCCAAUUCAUGUUGCUGCUGGCAAUGGAUAUGUGCAGAUUGGUGAAGAUCUUCUAAAUCAUAGGGCUUAUAUUUAUUCUUUCAAAGUCGGGGAAGAGUAUACACCACUACAUUUUGCAUCUCAACGAGGUAGUGAAGAAGAUGUCAGAUUAUUAUUGAGUACAGGUGCUGAUGUUAAUGUUAAUGCGAAGGAUAAUUUAACGCCACUUCAUGUGGCCACUACAGCAGGUCAUGAAACAGUUGUAAAACUACUCCUGGAACAUGGGGCUAAGGUUGAUGCCCAGGAUAAGAAUGGCAAGACUACACUGUAUCUUGCUGUUGAAAAAGGAUAUUUACUGAUUGUUAAGGAUAUUUUGAAAUAUUGUCCUGAUAUUAAUAAUCAAAGCAACAGAAGCUCUCUUAAAGUCGCAGUAUACGAGUUUAGAAAAGAGAUCGUUGAGACUCUUCUUCAAUAUGGUUUUACUGUUGAUCCUAAAGAUAUAAAUAAUCCUGAAUUGCUGCAUACUGCUGUUGAGAAAGGAUAUUUGAAAAUUGUUGAAGACCUGUUGAAGUAUGGUGCUAAUGUUAAUAUGUUACACAGUUCGACGGAUAAAAAAGGUUUUACGCCUCUACAUAGUGCAGCCAACAACAAGCAAAAGGAAAUGGCCAAAUUAUUGAUAAACUAUGGAGCUAAUGUUAAUGCUAAAGAUGAAAGUGAAAAAACUCCAAUAUUUUAUGCUCUUGAAAACAUUGAUGCAAAAGUCACCAAACUACUUUUAACUAAUGGAGCUGGUAUAAAAGAUAGUCCUGAGUUACUAAAUAUUGCUGUUAAAAAGAAAUGCAAAAAAAUUGUUGAAAUUCUUUUACAACAUGAUGCUGAUAUUAACGCUAGUGAUAAGUAUGGAAGAACAGCCUUAUAUUUUACUGCUCUUGAUAAAGAGAGAGAAAUUGUUGCAUUGCUGCUAAGUAAGGGGGCUAAUGUUAAUGCUAAAACUAAAGAUGGAGAAACAACACUUCAAGCUGCUAUUAAGAAUGGAUGUACAAAAGUCGUUGAAGCUCUUUUGGAAUACAAUGCAGAUGUUAACUAUCUAGCAAAAGGUGAUAUGACACUGCUUCAUCUUUCUGCUAAGAAAGGCAAUGAGCUAAUUAGCAAAAUGCUUUUAAACAAAGGGCUCGACGUCAACGCUACACGAAAAGAUCGAAUGACUGCACUUCAUAUUGCUGCUGAAAACGGCCAUUCGCAAAUUGUUGAAAUUCUCUUGGAAUUUGGUGCUGCAGUUGACUUUAGAGAUGAGAAUGGUAGAACACCACUUCAUAUUGCUUCUACACAAGGACAUGCACAAGUUGUUAAUACUCUUCUAGAAUAUGGUUCUGACAUCAACAUAAGUCAAAAUGGUCAUGCACCACUUGAAUGUGCUAUGCUCAUUGCUCAAUACUUGCAUGAUAGAUCUAAUUUUCAACGUAAUAACUCUGAUUCUGAGAGUGAUUAUUAUGACGAAGUUGCUGAGAUCCUUAAACAGUACAUAGUUAAAGUAAAUACUGCAGGCUUAUACGUAAGUGCAAGAAAUUUAAAGUUGACUAAUUUCGAUGAAACUAGCAUCAUUGAAAUUAGUGACGAUGAAAUUAGUGACUAUGGAAUUAGUGACUAUGGAAUUAAUGACGAUGGAAUUAGUGACGAUGAAAUUAGUGACAAUGAAAUUAAUGAUAAUGAAAUUAUAGGUAUUAAAUUUAGCAAUUUUCAGAGGGAAUGUAAAGCAGAAAUAGAAAUUAUGAGGGGCGAGAAGAUUGAUAAUAGCAAUACUUCUUUUCACGAUAUCCUGACAAAGAGUAUAAGUCAAUUAGCAAUAUAUGCAAGGAAUAAAAAUAUAGUACAGGCCUUGAAAUCAGAUGAUUAUAAAACAAAAUUUCCAAUAUAUGCUAGUGUCAUAAAUGGUCGAUUUAGGAGGGGCAUAGAAAGAAAAAAGUUACUGGAACAAGGCAAUAUGUUUUUGCAGUCUCUCUUCGAAAGCCGUCUUGGAUUAUCAACUUAUUGUACUGAAAACAUAUUGAGUUACCUAAGUGGUGAAGAUUUAAGAAAUUUAAUAGAUGCUUGUAAGCCUUUGAAUAGCCCUAAUACCUACAUUUGCGAUAGAAUAGCUACUUCUAGAAGUAGCAAAAUUUCUAGAUACUAACUAGAAGUUUAACGUCAAUAUUUAGUGAAAAAUUCGUGUUAACCUGUGUAAUGUUUAUCUCUGCAAAAUCGCUAUUGACAUGGCAAAGAAUACUACUACCUCGAUAAGGUACCAAAUAGCAGAGAAUAUAAGAAGCUGGAUAUUAAAACGGAAAUACACUGUAAAUAAAAUACACUUUAGCAAAUAAAACAGGUAUAGGAUACUAUACGCUGUUAAGCCACAUGCAUUGUUCAACCUGGCUCCUCAGUGUAUUUCUUGGCCUUCGAGUGAUGAAGCUCAACUUACAAUGCGUAAAUUUGAAGAAAAUAAUGGUUUUGUAUGAACGAUUGGCGCUAUAGACGGAACGUACAUUAAAAUUGAAGUACCUAAAGAAAAUUCUAAAGAUUAUAUAAAUCGAAAAGGAUACCAUUCCAUUCAA